AUGGUCGUGCCGAACAAAAGAAAGCGUAAAGACGCUAACAGAAUUGACAUUUCGCCAGAAAUAACUAAAAGAGUUAAGGUCCACGCUCAAAGAAAAUUUGCCCAAGGAGCCCUGUGCCCCCCAAUAAUUCUCCCACUGGUCCAACCACCCCGAGAGGAGCCUUCCAAACCCCAGCAGUCUCAAUCAACAAGAAACUUCCAACUCCAAGAUGAAUCAUCUUCCCAAAACAGACCAAAGACUGAAGACUUCCUUACAUUCCUAUGUUUUCGAGGCACUCCAAUGCUUCCUUCUAAUCUAGACUUCCUUAAUUAUCCUCAUGGAAGUUCUGAGAUAAACCCCAAUCAAGAAACAAGUGUUAACAACAACAAUAACAAUGCUUCUACGAGUUCUAAUAACACAGGAGGAGGUGAAACUCCUAAGUCUACACCACCACCAGUUAAUUUUAUACCAUUUGGUGUCAGGAAGAGGGCUUCUGUGUUUCCUGAGAAGAGUGGUGUUGGAUCAAGGAAAGUUAGGGGCAGGAAGAGUAAUGAGAGUGUUAAAAGUGUUGGUAAGGAUGUCAGGGAUGCUAAUCAGAUCAAGAUGGAUAAGACCAGACAGCACAGGGUGACGGUGCAGGCGCUGAGGAAGAAGUAUCAGGAGCAGAAGAUGGCUAAGUUGAGGGCUGUUGCUUUCAGUAAGAUCAGCGACCACUCGGUUCAAACUAGGUCAUGUGUCCCAGUGACCAAAGUACGCGCAACCAAACGGAUCACCGAAAAGCCGUCGCAGGCAUCCACCAAUCUUAAAUCUAAAUCCAUUGUCAAAAAACCAGCAAAUUUACCUCCAAUAAAAACUAAACCAACAAAACUGUUACAAAGUAAAGCGACUGCCAUGAAACCUAAGAAUUUGGUACAAAGUAAAAUUUUGGCAAAAAGACGAAUGUGCUUGAGGAGUUCGGCGACUGGAGGGGGCAGGGUGAUAAAAAAAAUUGCUCGUAGUUUACCAGUCAGAAAACAGAUUGAAAAGAAAUUGGUGGCUAGAAGACGAGCGCGGGAGGACGUCAAAGAGGAUAAAGGUAAAGUAACUGAGAGUGUUAAAGAGGUUGUUAAAGAACCCAAGAAGUUGGUUGUUAAAUUAGUUAAAGAUGCUGAAUCGAAAGAUAAAAUCAAGCCUAGUACCAGGAAAUCAAAUACAGCGGACGUGGAUAAAGCAAGUUCAGUUAAAGAUGAUAAAUCAGUUGUCAAGAAAUCAGAAGUAUCAGAAUUUUCUUCUGAUGAUGAUGAGCCUUUACUCAAAGUCUCCAAGAAGCGGCAGAAAGCCAAAAAUGAAGCCAAGAAGCAAGCCAAGAGAAGUUUAGAUGCCGCCAAAAGUAAGGAUGAUAAAUCAAAUGAACCUGUAGAAAAGGUAUUGGAUAAAAGUGUAAAAAUCACUAAAGAUGCAACAAAGACUGUUGAUAAACCCAAAGACGAAAAACUAAGUAAAGCAUUGGAUAAGAAACCAAAAGUUGAAAAAGAACUUGACAAAUCAAUCCCUGAUGAUGUAAAACCAGUUAAGAACCAUACAGCAUUCACCAAGAAAUCUUUAUCUAAAGACGAAUCAAAAAUCUUGACCAAAAAAAUAAUCUCCAAAUCCAAGGCUCUAGAUUCAUCAAACGUGUCUGAUUCUGAUGUCUCCAAAGGCAAUCGUACCCCCAGACCGAGCCGCAAAACAAAAGAAGCCGCUACUUUGUACAUGGAACUGCUUGGACAAAGACUGAACACAUCCCACAACUUCGAUGAAGACAACUCUUCCCUAGAUAGCUUUCCAGAGCUUCCAAACGUUAGGAAAACUGAGCAGAUGGAGAAUGAAUUGAAAGCGCAGAAUGUCAAAACUGGAAAAAGUGGUAAGAGCGCUAAAAGUGGCAAAAGUACUUACAGUGAUAGCAGUACCAUUAAACCGAGUGUUGUGGAAAUCAAGACCGAGAAAAAGGUUGUAAACGAGGUCAAGACUGAUUAUUAUUCCAAUAGCGAGACUCCAAGUGAAUCUGAAGGACAGAUGUCUUUGUAUGAGUUGAAUAGUGUCAACAUAGAUAAAAGUUCUAGACGUUGUAAUUUGAGAUCGGAUAAAAGUACUGGAUUGAGUGAUAGUAAAGGUGAAGAAAAAACGAAGAGAAAAGUUGGCUCCAAAAAAAAGGUGCAACAAAAAAAGUCGUUUCCGAAAAAAACAACUAAAAAAGUGGAGAAAAGUUUUAGCGAAUCCGAUGAAGAGCCUUUAGCUUUAAAGAUCAGCACGAAAAGCAAAUCUGACAAUGAAACAGUCUUAAGUUCUAAAAAAGAUCAAGUUGAUAUCAGUGACGCCUUAAAAAAGAUAUCCACAAUGAAAAAGUGCAUGGAAGCUCGCAAGAAAGCUGAAUCUACCAUCAAAGCAUCCGAAGGAUUCAGCACUAAUCCUGUACCGAGUUUUGAGGAGUCCCAAAAAGUUUUUGGAAUUGCCAAACGACCCCAGAAUGAAAACGAAGACUUAAAAAACCCUUUGUAUAACAAGUUGUACCAAAAACCAGCAACCAGCCGUGACGUGGACACGAAAAUUGACCUCCAACGCAACAAGAGGAAAGUCAACAUGUCCAGUGAGGAGAUUGAGAAGUGGUUGAACGAGAGUUGUCUGGAGCCCGAGCCAAUGGAAGACGACUUGGCGAUGUCGGAACUGGAUAUAAAGAAGUUCAAGGAGACUGUCGAGAUCAAAAACAAGGAGUUUUUUGAAAAACCGGCGGUAAAAGAUGAUGAGAAAGGUAAAAACGAGCGGAAGUUGAUAUUUCAUCAAAAACGUAACACGUUAAAGAUAACUCCGAAUAAAAAUAUGUCGACGAAGAACAAGCAAGCGUUCUCUCCUGAUAACGAGACGAGCGUGUACUCCUUUUGUCUUGAUGAUCAAGGACCUCCUACAUCGACUCCUUUUAGACAAAAUUUACAUCUCGACACGAAGAAGAAACCAGAGCCGGAAGACAAACCGAAAUUAACUAAAAAUCAACGUAAAAAUUCAAGUGUUGACACAUCCGACAUCUUUACUCCACCAAAAGUGCUUCCUUCAACCAAACCCGUCGAGACUAAGUCUUGUGACACCAGUGUCGACGUGAUGGAUGUUGGCACAUCUAAAGAUUUAGAUUUGGGUAAUAUGAAGUCUUCGAUUGCUGUUCAGUGUGAUUUUCAAAGCGAUCAGCAAGCAACCAAGAUCACUUUGCCUCAAGGGAACUUGGCUGAUUUUAGGAAUAUGGAGAUUUCUACGCAGACUGACUACGCUUUGGCUAAUGAGGGGCACCUGUUUUAUAUACCUUUGCAGAACUCAAAGACUGGGGAGAACAUCUCGGAGCAUCUCAUUCAAGGAGUUGCCGUCAAAUUAGGCACCGAAGGUCCAGACGGCCCCAACCAGCGCGUGAUAAUGCGUGCCAAACUAGUAACCAAAGCCCAAAUGUCCACCAACAACCAAACUCAACUAGCAACAACAUCCCACGAAACUCUGACAGCCCUAUCACCAAGCGAAGACUCCCUAAUAAUGGCCAAGAAGACCAUUGACUUACCCAAAAGCAGAAGAUCAAACCCUCCACCUGUUGGAACCGUACAACCACUAUCCAGGGAUGAAAAACACAUACCCAAGACUGUCAAUACAUCACCAAAUCUCACCUCUAACCAGGGCUCUCAAUUCAAGUCCUAUCUCAAAGAAAUGGACGCCCAGAAGCACUUGAACGACAAGAAACCUGAUUUUAAAAUCAAUCGCCGAGUUGUGUCACCUGGUUCUGAUAUUAAGAAGGUUGAACCCAAAGAGGUGAACAGUGGUGAGAUAUUGGAUGCUCCCACGUUUUACCCUUCAGAGAAACAGUUUAUGGAUCCUAUAGCAUUUAUUGAACAGAUCACGCCGAUUGCUUCGAAGUUUGGACUGUGCAGAAUUGUGCCUCCUGCUUCUUUUAAACCUGAUUGUAAGGUGGCUGAUGAUAUGAGGUUCACUGCUUACAACCAGUAUGUUAAUCGGAUGAUGUACAGAUUUGGACCUUCUGUUCAAGAAUUAUUGGCGAUAAAGAAGUAUUUGGAAACUCAGAGCAUCACGUUGACACAUGCACCUUUUAUUGGAGGAAUGGAAAUCGAUCUACCAAGACUUUAUCAUACUGUUCAGGAUCUUGGAGGACUCAAAGAGGUGAUCGAAAAAAAGAAGUGGCAUAGGGUUGCUGAAGAGAUGUGCAUACCCAAAUCAGCACAGGACAGGGUCACCAAGCUGGAUGAUAUUUAUUGUAAAUACUUACUACCCUACGACACGCUGUCACCAGUGGAGAGACAGAAGCUCUUAUCCGAAGUGAAACAGGAGUGGACUCGAAAGGAGACCCUAUAUCGCCAAAAACAACACGAAAAGAAUCAACACUACAAGCAGUACGAGUCUGAUAACCAGCCUGACAAGGAAAGGGACACCGAUACCGAGAGCAACAACAGUAUUGAUGACUUCGAUUCUGAGACUGAUAGGGAUUUAAGGGAGUGUACUUUGAAGGGACGAAAUAUGGCUCUGAGUCAGUUCUUCAGGAUUGCAAGGAACACCAUGUCUGUAUGGUUUAAGAAUGGGGCACCUGAACCCAGCGAGGUUGAGAAACAAUAUUGGGAGCAUGUGUCUCGAAGAGAUAAACAUAUAUGUGUGCAUGUUGGCUCGAUUGACUCAUCAGGCUUUGGUUAUGGAUUUCCUGUCAAGAGUAGUCCUGUUGCUAGACAUCCGUGGAACCUUAAGGUUUUAACAAAUAACAAUGGAUCAGUGUUGAGAUCUUUGGGACCAGUUAUGGGUUUGACUGUGCCAACUCUUCAUGUUGGAAUGUUAUUUAGUGCAUGUUGCUGGUAUCGGGAUCCUCAUGGAUUACCUUGGAUCGAAUAUCUUCACACUGGGGCAAAUAAAAUAUGGUAUGGAAUACCAGAUAGGGCAUCAGAUGCCUUCCGGGAUGCCUUAACGGUUUUGGCACCACAAUCAGUACUUCCACAGACAAUUUGGCUGCCAUCAGAUUCUGCAAUGAUACCACCAGGUGAACUGUUGUCUCGAAACGUUCCUCUUUCGAGAACCGUCCAACGUCCUGGUGAAUUUGUCCUCGUGUGCCCUAGGGCUUACACUUCGAGUCUCUGCACAGGAUACGCCGUCUCCGAAAGCGUCUAUUACGCUACCACGGACUGGCUUGAAGGGGCUCAGCAGGAUUUCAAGGAUAUCCAAGAAAGUCGCGAACCAACAAUGUUCUCCCUUGACCAACUCCUGGUGAGCAUUGCUUCGGAUGCAAGAGCUCAAGACGUUGUCUUGAAAUCGAUCCUGGAGCCUCUGCAGGAGCUCGUGGGACGAGAGAGUGGUGAACGUGAACAUGCUGGUGAUUGUGAUAAAAGUGAACAUAGUGUUCAAGUGAAAGAACUGAAAGACAAGGAGUGCGAUGUGUGCAGGGCUAAUCUCUACGUCUCAAUGGUCUCCCACAAAGAAGAAGACUCCACCAUGUGUCUCAGACAUGCAAUACGCUUCCUGAACCAGAAAAGACAAAAGAUCGCAAACGAGAACUCGAAGACAUCAGGAAAGAAGAAGAUCCUGAUCACCGAAAGGGAUUUCCUCAACAACUGGCAACUGGUCUACAGCUAUUCGAUCCAAGACCUGGAAAGUCUUUGUGAUAAAGUCAAGAGUCGGUUGGAAGAUGGAGGCUCGGUUGUGCAGGACAGUGUCAGUAGCAUCAGUGCUGGCAAGGGACAGGGUAAGAGGAAGAAAAAGUUUUAAAG